AUGCUCACUAUCAAAGGGUUCUCCGCCUGGAUAACAAUCGAAGGUGGGGGUAAAGAAGCCAAAGAAUACGACGUGCAAGUGAAAGACGUGUCUGGAAGGGCGGAGGUUAGCUGUUUUAUCGCAUCCGAGGUUGGACAGGGGUUCUGUGUUAACUGGGAGGACGAAGAUUUUGAUGACGACGGCCACGGUGCCACAUAUGGGGAUGUCUACGCGGAUGGACGACACAUUGGUGAAGAGCUCAUCUGUCGAAGUGGAAGAUACGCCAUAGGUGGGGCUACACAAUGGGUAAAUAAGAUUACGGAGUUGUCAGUUUGCCUCAAGCAUACUUCAGAUGAUGAUGAGGCAUUGGAGCGGAAGGACCUCGAUCAAAAAAUUGGCAAGAUCAUUUUAGAAAUUCAGAGGCUCUCCACAGAGCAUCGAGUUAUUCUUGGGGAACCUCUCUCCUCAGUGCAAGCGCAUGAAAGGAGCCAUUCGUCUGUCUACAUGGUGGAUUAUCUCGAUGAAAAGCCGUGGGCAACUUUCAUCUUCGAGUAUCGAUAUCUCGAUUUACCACUCCCGCCUCCCAAGCCGAGUAACAUCGUCAACACUGGAUCAAGAAAUGAUGUCAAACCUAAUAUCAAAAAAGAGGAGGACACAACACCUCCAAUGAAACUAGAGAUGGCUCCGGAGGACGCAAAGCCUAGGCAUAUCAAGCACCAAUCACCAUGUCUCAAGCGCGAAGCAAUGUCCGAGCAGGAAAGCCGAUCAGCCAGGGUUAAAGAAUUGCAAGCGACCAUUUUGGUGCAACAACGUCAACUGACGGAGCUGCUAAGGCAAGGUAUCCUUGCCAAUCAGCUAGAAUUGGAAGAGCUGGAGGGAGAACUGGGACAAGGGAGUUCUUUAAGGCCAAUGAAGAGGGCAAGGCUGAAUGGAGAGGAUCAGAAAGUAAAGCGAGAAAUUUCUCUGCCUGCGCGGGCUUUCACACCGGGCAAAAUUUAUGAUUUAACAGGCGACUCGGACUGACGCCUUUUCACUGAUC